UGAUGUGAAGAGUUCAAUGGUGACAAAAGAUUCAUAUUUCCAACACCAUAUAACUGGUAGACUAUGACCUGUUAUUGUUGUUCAUAUGAGGAACAAGACUUACCAUUCUAUUGAUGUCCAGUCUUUAAGACGUUUCAAUGUUUUGAAUGUUGCAAUUUCUUUGAUGGAGUAUUAUGAUCCAUUAACUAUUUAAUUUCUGAAGCCUCUUCUGAAAAAUAAAGAACAUGUUUUUUCGAUAGGUUGUAGAAUGUAGACAAGUACUUAAAUGAACGCCAACUACUUGUACAACUUUUUAUUAUUAUUUUUUACAUUUUGCAUGAUUUUGGUCCAAAAUCACUGAGCUGAUGGAUAUUAAUAUUCUCGAAUGAGUAUACUGUUAGUGUUGUAUAAACAUUUUUAUCUAGCUAAGUCUAAUACUUCUAAUAUCUCUUAAAGUUCUUUCACACUGUUGUGACUGAAUAUCAAAAGUUUGAUUGGAGAUCGUUGAUGCCCUUAAAUGGGUGAAUCCAUUGAAGCCCUUCUGAUGCGGGACCUUAUAGUAUGUAGCUUUACGGCCCUUACCCCAUGAGUCACAUCCUGAUCAUCUAGGUUGUAAAGAAAUAAUCUUACCGUUGACUCUCAAUGAGUUUGGGCUAAAAUAUACUGAAACAUAUACUUCAAAUGAUUGGCACAGUACUCUAGUCAUGCUAUGUAGUCUAAACACACAUCUCAUAUGGCCUGGAGAAGCCAUGACACACCUGCUGCUCUAGCACAUAAUAAUGCCAUAUGACUACUUUGCUAGCCUGUGUCCAGGUUGAGCUCAACACAUGGUAAAACAAUUGAAAAUUAAUGAGGAUUCUAGAUUAGCAUGGUUUUGAUGUGGCUGUCUGUAGUCUUAUGUUCAAAAUACCAAAGCAGGAAAGUUGGGUGCUGUUGGAUAGGAAUAUGCUAAUUCAUAUCAGAAGAUAUUGCCAAAAUUAUGUAUCUACACUUGCUGAUGAUUCCUUGUGAAUUUUUUAGUAAUAAUUUUUUGUUGAUCUUUUAUUACUAAUAGCUUAUGAUGGUUAUGAAAAUAAAUGGACAUCUGGACUAAUUAUGAGCCCCAGGAUGCAUGCACUGAGUGCUAUCAAGAGGAAUAGGAAACUCUAUAUGGGGAAACCAAGACAGAAAUAAGGAAUCUGAUGGAAUUAGUGAGGAAAGCUUUUCUAAAGCCAAUCAAAUUAUAUCAUGCUUAGUUUAUAGUUUUUCCGUGAAUUCAACUGUGUACACGUUUUUAUAUAAGUGUGAAUCAUCAAGGAAAGGUUCUUUAAAGCAAAACAAAUAUAUUCUGUGAAUCACUCAGUUUAUUCUUUAUUCCUUGCAGGUCACCUUUCUAUGAGAGUGAGAGAGAGAGAGUACUCUCUGUGAGGAAUAAUACAUUGCCUUUGAUGUGAAUGCAAUUUAGUAGGCAAACUCUCCAUCCCAACUGGCCAUGAUAAUCCAUGACUCAGAAAGUAAUUGCAAAAGGAAUCCCAUGUUUCCAGUUCUAGAUGUGUGUCUUGUGAAUCUUUUGGCAGUCCAUUGAGAGGCCUAACUUUCCUCUAUUACUUGAACAAAAAUGUUAUCCUCCAACACAAUGCAACUGUCAUAUUAGUAUACUUAAACCUUCUACCUCCUUUGUGUUCCCUUAUAAGUACCUCCCAACCCUCCAUAAGCUCUCCUCAUCCCUGCAAUCUUUCUGUUGCAACAACACUUAAGAAGAGCUUCCUUGCACACGAUGAGGUCAUUCCUUCUGAUAAUAUUCUUGAUGGCUUUAACCACUUCUCUUGCCGCAGCAGAUACUCACAAAGGCGAGCAGGAUCAGACGACUUCAUUCUCCGACGAAGCUAGUCGCAUGCUGGGUCGGCACAGAUGGAGAGGUUCCUUGUCGUGCAAGGAGCACCGAAACCUGUGCAAACUCCCAAGAAGUCCCGGCCCGACCUGCUGCGGGAAUCUUUGCGUGGACCUGAAGACUGACUUGUUCAAUUGUGGCCGCUGCGGGGUGCAGUGCAAGUUUGCCGAGGUUUGCUGCAAAGGUAAAUGCCUGAAUCCGUUUCACAACGAUGAGAACUGCGGCGGGUGUGGCAAGAAGUGCAGCAAGGGAAGCCAUUGCAGAUAUGGGAUGUGCAGCUAUGCGUAGAAGCCGGCUGAUGAGUGUUGGGUUUGAUCAUUGAACUGUGUUGUUGCUGUUGCUUGUGGCUGAAGCCCUGGUUUAAUAAUGUUCACCACGUCCUUAGUUGUAUUCAUUGCGAAGAUAAAUAUCAAGGAACAUCUGCAUUGUUGUGUCCAUGAACAACAUUAGUUUGCUCUCAGUGAUAGAACAUUGACCAGAAAGAUCUGCAAUCUUU